AUGGCUGCAACUGAGCACUGCUUUGUAGAGUGGAAAGAGCAAUAUGUGUCAAAAGAGAGGGGCAAUCGUGUGGUACACUACUUCUUGAAGGAUAAUUCAGGGGAGUCUAUUCUUGCUGUCGUGGGAACUGAGAGGAGUGUUAGACACAUGUUUUAUGUUGUUUCUGAGGAGUUCUUGAAUGCCCAUGGGGCCAAGAACUCGGUUCAUGCCGGUUUCAGAUGGAGAUCAAGGAGAGAGGUUGUGAACUGGCUCACUUCUAUGCUGUCAAAGCAGCAUAUGCAAGCUGAUUGCCCAGUGUCACCAAAAGAGAAUUCUUCUCCCAAAAUCAAUGCUCGACACACCCAUAUGCCAGCACAAAAGGGCCGUGUAGCAAGGAAUUUGGAAGCUCAUAAUUUAAACAUAGCAUGGUCGGGUGUAUCAUGGACCUGUGGUAAACAGCUCAAGCACUACCCAGAAUUUUGCAGGAAUGGGAUUACGAUAUCGAUGCAUUCAUUUGUCUUUGUAAUGGCUGAGAAAGAAAACCGUUAUAUUGCAUAUUUGGAAGAUAUGUAUGAAGAUAGAAAGUUCCAGAAAAAGGUCAAAGUGAGAUGGUUUCACCAUAAUAGAGAAGUCAGGGGCACUGUUUCUUUACAGAAUCCUCAUCCUAAAGAAGUUUUCUUCACUCCGUAUGUACAAGUUAUCAGUGCAGAAUGUGUUGAUGGUCCAGCAAUAGUCUUAACUCGUGAACAUUACGAGAAAUGCUUGGCUGUUUUUCCCCAGGAUUUGGCAGGAAAAGUACAUUUUUGCUUCAGACAAUUUAAGAGCAAUAGAGUAAAGCCUUUCAAGCUAAGUAUGUUGCGUGGAUACUUCGAUCAAUCCUUCUUCCUGUGUUUUAGUCCUGAUUUUUUCGAGGACGAAGAGUUCAGCUCUGAAGAUGACGUUAGAGUGGGAGCUAAAAGGGGCAGAACAUGCAGAGAGCAUCAGAAGGCAGCACAUGAACUAUCAUACAAGAAAUUGAAGUAUGGUCUGCUGGGUAGGAAACCAAAUUUUUUCAAGCAUGUAGAAGGCCAUGGUUGGAAUACUCCGACUUUUAAGGUCAAUGACAAGAUCGAGUUUCUUUGCCAAGAUAGUGGUAUUCGAGGUUGCUGGUUCAGGUGCACAGUUUUAGAGGUUUCUGGGAAGCAGAUGAAAAUUCAAUAUGAUGGUGUAAAAGAUGAAGAUAGUUGCGGCAAUCUUGAGGAAUGGAUCCCAGCAUAUAGAUUGGCCAGGCGUGAUAAACUGGGAAUGAGACAUCCUGGUCGUCCAACAAUCAGGCCAGCCCAUCCUUGUUAUCAGGGGAGCAGCACCUUCGAGGUUGGAGCUCCCGUUGAUGCCUGGUGGAGUGAUGGUUGGUGGGAAGGGGUUAUAUCUGGCACUUGUGAUUGUGAAAAUGGAAAUUAUCAAGUUUAUAUUCCAGGUGAAGAUUUAUUUUUGAACAUAGAGGAAAAGAGCCUCAGAGUUUCUAGAGAUUGGAUUGGUGAACGAUGGGUGGAUAUUAAGCCAAAUUCUAACAUUCUCUCUUUCAUUUCCGCAACAUGCAUAGAUGCCAAGCUUUUAGCAUCACCAGCUAUUGUCAAGGAAACCAAAUCCGACAAUUCUCGUACUUCAUGUCAUAAAGUUCUUACCGACAUCAAACUUAGUGUAGUGGAAGAGGGGAUCUGUGAUUUAGGAGGUACGACACCGGCCACUAACAUUCUGAAAGAUGACUGCUGGAACGAUAACAAGUACCGAAUGCUUACAAUUCAAGAAAAGGAAAAUAACAUUGAUCAUGUCAAUGAAGAUGAUGAGAAGAACAAUGCCGACUAUAACCUUAGUGAUGCUAAUAUUGCUGACAUAUCCUGUAAUGCUGAUGACAAGGAUGAUAAUGCCGAUGGCUGCAAAGAGGACAAUUUAGCGGAACUCAAGAUUGCUGAGCCGAGAUGUGAAGCAGAAGCAAAUGAGGUCAUAACAUAG